CAGCGAGCCACCAAGUACAAGGCUUGAUCGUCCCAAAAAUCACCAAGAACUCUAGAUCUGAUCGUACAUCGUACACGAAUCAUCAUCAUCACGACUACAAUUCUUGCAAUCUUCCAACCACUAUACUUCAUUUCGAUUCGACCUCGUCUAAUCAUAUCUGAUUAUCUAAAAGGACAUGUCUACCUCUACCUCUACCUCUGACUCUACCACCAUCACCAACAACCCUCCGGAAUUCGGGUCCAUCCACUUGAGGAUCGCCGGCGGACUGCCUGAUCAUACCGACCUAGCACCCUCGGCCGUCUUUCUCGUACUGUACGCCCUGACCAUCCCCCUCUAUGCUUUGGCCUGGAAGAAGAACUGUAUCGGGAGAUGGUUCAUGAUCCGACCGGCCGUGUUUAUCGGAAUGAGGAUAGCGUUCUUCGCACUGAGGCUCGUUUUGGUGAAAGAUGGGAUCAGCGAGGGGGUCUUGAUCGCCGAGAUGGUCCUCAUCUCCAUCGGAUUCAUCUUCCUCGUCGACGCUACGAUCGUCAUCUGGGAAUAUCAACGGGAUCGUCAGCCCGAGGGGCACGAACAUGCGGGCUUGUUGAGUCGGUUCUUGAAAUUGUCCAGGGUCUCGCUCAUCGCUGCGAUCGCUACCGGUACCGCCGCUGGAGGAUUGACCGGACAAGCCCUGAGCGAUCCGGAUACGAUGAGCACGGUCGUAGCGUUGAGAAAGGCGUGUUACAUCCUAUCCUUGAUCGUCGUCGCGGUGAUGCUAGGCUUGCAUGCGCAUUCAGUCUUCCUCGGACACGCCAAGAUCGGUUGGGGCAUCAGUUGUUCGGCUCUGGUAUAUACGGCCGUCCUCGUCGUCAUCGCCGUCUACCGGUUGAUCACCGCAGAAGAAUCCAACCCCCGAGCGGCAGUCUUAUCAAAGACAGCCUUCUGGAUCCUUCAGGUCGCUCUCGAGUGGGUGGCCGUCGUGUCGCUGCUCUUGAUCACGGUGUAUGCGGGGAAUUAUUAUUCGAAAAGAGAGUUCGCCGAGGUCGACGAGAACGAGAACGGGAACUUGAAGAUGGAGGUGCGAGGGCGUGGUCAAGGUCAAGGCCAAGAAGAGGUGUCUCCUCCGGUCUAUUCAUCUGACGUAGGGAAGGCGGGGUCGUCGGUUUGAGAGGUUAAUAGAGUCGGUUUCUGGACAAGUCGGCAGGAAUGUAGGCGAUUAGCUCUUUUUUCUAUGUGACGAACAGGUUGGAAACAUACAUAUACCCACAUACGAUUGUCCAUGCCGCUGUGCCAUCUGACUCGUUCUUGUAGCUCACAGGUGAGCAGCUACUUGCUGCUUGAGGAGUUGAUAAUGUCCGUAUCGAUCGAUCAGGCCAAGACCUCGUCCAUCCGCAAUAAUCGUUCCAAAAAUGGCUCCUCGUCCAUCUCCGAAUCCUUGAUAACACCACCAUCCACCUGGUUGGAGAUCCUCUUCUUCCUGUCCAUCUGUUCGAAUGACGAGUAUUAUCGCAAAUAGCAUCAAGACACUAGUAUUCAAAAUUCUAGGCUGAGUAUACUUGGCCCAGCUGUUCGAGGAUGAGGUCGAGGUCCG